AGUAGGAGUCAGUGCUCAACAAUUAGCAAUAGCACCCCUUGUUGGUUCAGCAUGGGUUUGUUUAUUAUAGGGUUUUGCCAGAGCCAACCAUGAACCUCACUCCCCUUUCUGCACCAUGACGGACCGUGAGCGUGAACGUGAGCGUGACCGGACUCGGGACAGAGAAAGAAAACGAAGAAGAGACAAGGACGACCGCGACCGCGAUCGUGAGCGAGAGAAAGGCGACCGCGACCGCGACCGCGAGCGAGAGAAAGGCGACCGCGACCGUGAGCGAGAGAAAGGCGACCGCGAGCGAGACAAAGGCGACCGCGACCGUGAACGAGACAAGGACGACCGCGACCGUGAACGAGACAAGGACGACCGCGAACGCGAACGUGAACGAGAACGAGAAAAGGAUGACCGCGAUCGGGAACGUGAGCGUGAGCGUGACAGAGUGCGAAGCAAGAGAUCCCGUUCGCGUUCGCCUGACCGUGGGCGCUCCCGCCACGCGCGCUCGCCGUCUCCCAGCGACCGCUCCCACCGGCGGCGCCACCACCGGACGCCCACCCCCGAGCAGCCGAGGAAGCGCCACCGGAGAGAGUCCGUGGAGGAGGAGCACAAGGAGACGAAGAAAGCGGUGUCGGACUUCGUGGAUGGUAUCGCUAAGGAGCAGCAGCAGAAACAGAAGGAGAACGGAGGAGAAGCUGAGGGCAACGAGGACGAAUUGGAGAUGAUGAAGAUGCUAGGCAUUCCCGUAGGAUUUGACUCCACCAAGGGGAAACCGGUUCCCGGUGCUGACGUCAGCGGCGUCAGAGCCGUCACCAAGCGCCAACCGCGUCAGUACAUGAACCGCCGCGGUGGCUUCAAUCGUCCAUUGCCUGCUGAGAGGAAUCGCUAGGUUUUUUAUUUUUUCAGUUUUGGUGAAAAGGCUUUGAUGAAGAAGCAAAAGCGCUAUCUGUUGGCAACUUCAGAGGAGCAUACUGGCCCUGUUCCAUUAGAGGGACAAGAAGAACUAAAUCUGAGUGCUAUCUGACAUCUGGAUGAAAGCAAUUAUGCAGUAUGAAUGGAUUAAGAGCAGGAGAUGUCAUCAGAUUGAGAGUAGACUACUAGACAAAGGGCAGAGCAAGUUUAUUCAUAUUAUGAAACUUUAGUUGUUUUUGAACUUUAUAAAAUGCCUUUGUAAUGUAUGGAACAAUAAUUUUGUUUUGGGUGGUCCAUUAUUAUGUUUUUGGAACCUACAAUCCAGAAGAAUUAUCAACACUU